CUGGAUGCGAUUAGCAAGGGGCUCGACUAAUUUCAGUUCUUCCCAAGUCGUCUUUCAGUUCUUUCCGCUACACUUCGCUCUUUAAACGUAAUUAUCUAAUUCUUCAGGCUCUCUGCUAUAACUAUUUUCCCGCCUCCUCAGACCUUGGACCCGGGAACCAGAGACCUUCAUUUGAUCCUAUCCAACUAAUUACUGUCUUUCAAAUUUGCCGUUACUCGGCUGCCACUCUCUAAUUCGGUUUACUUGAACCCGACACUCACUUCCGACCUCGAACAUCCCUUGGUCAUCAACUACACUUCAGUCUAUCCCGGCGAACUGACGUCCAUUCUUUCUGACACUCAUAUCGCCCGCCUCUCACAAUCAUGGCUUACCAACGAUACCCUUCCAGAUACGGACAAUGCGACAGCUUCUUCGUAGAUUGCCCGGACGAAGGUCUUUACGUACAACGCGCGACGGAGAGGGAACGGGCUCGCAACAUCGCAAAGAUGCAGCAGCGAGUCAUUCAAGAAGAUCUCUCCAGGAUGACAAGAGAGGAAUAUCAAGAGGACAUCUUAGAUCACAUGGAACACAUGGAGGGACAAACGCUACCUGAUGUCAACUCAAUCGACAUUCAGACCGAGAUCCAGUGGUUCAUGCGUCCCUAUCUUCUCGACUUCCUGGUAGAGGCACACGCUGCUUUCCAGUUGCUCCCAGAGACCCUCUUCCUCGCCGUCAAUUUACUGGACCGGUACUGCUCCAGACGCGUUGUCUACAAGCGACACUACCAGCUUGUGGGCUGCGCCGCCCUGCUCAUCGCCGCAAAAUACGGAGACCGAAAGGACCGCGUGCCCACCGUCCGAGAACUCAAGUCCAUGUGCUGCUCCCUGUACGACGACGAGAUGUUCACCCAGAUGGAAUGGCAUGUGCUGCAGACCCUCAAUUGGAUCAUCGGACAUCCCACUGUCGAUUCGUUCCUCCAGCUUGCGUUAUCCGAAGUUGAGCACGAUCCGGAGGUGGAACAUAUGGCUCUCUACAUUGCCGAGAUUGCCUUGUUCCAUAAGGAAUUUGUCUCAACACGCCCAUCUGUCCUCGCACGGUCCUCACUCGCCCUUGCUAGGUGCAUUCUGUCUCGCAACCAAGCGAAACAUUCGGACUGGGCUGGCGCCUACGACCCCGCGACCGUUCUGAAUUUGUCAAACCACCUGUACCAACCAUCGCAGGUCCUCUCCCGAAAGUACUCUGUUGCUCAGCUAUCACAAGUUUCUCUUACUGUGGAUGAGUUCUUGCAACGACAAGCACAAAUUGCGAGGCGUGCCAACGCUCCACCAACGCCUCCAGCAAGCGUGCAUUACGAAGAGCCAAAGCCGACGACAGAAGCAUAUCUCGGCCCCCAGACUCCACAGAAACACCACUAUGGCGGUGCUGUUGUCAACCACGGUGUACUGACUCCACCAAUCACACCCGACAAUGACCAAUUUGAUGGCAAAUGUUCCGGACUGAUUCCACGAGUUUACCCUACCACACCGACUCCGGUCCCGAACGUGCGACACAUUCAGCCACAGUACUACCAAAACCAAUACAUCCAUCAUGUACAGUAGCCUAACCCAUCAUGGUUCAGGCCCCGUCGCAGAAACUAGCGGCGGCAUCUCGUACGACGAGUAACCUCCCGACCGAAGAUCUCCGAAUCCUCUUUGUAUUAAAAAAAAAUCCAUGUAUGAAGCGUCAUAGCGUGGUCAUCUUCCCCGGCAUUGCGAGCGAUUGUGUUUACACCUGUUGCGAGAUCAAGAUUCCUUUUCUGUCCUGAUUUAAGC